CAGCAACUGAUUUCAGCCAAACAACCAAGAACCAUCAACUCAAUAAGUCUAUUGAAUCUGAAAGCAGACAAAUUUCAUCUAGAAUCUCGUGCCCGCAAAGUAUUUCUGUUGAUCUCUAUCAUGAAGCUUAUCGUCGUUGGCGCUACAGGCUACAUCGGCGCCGGGAUCCUUCGUCAAGCCCUUGCACGCUCAGACGUCACCAGCGUUGUCGCUGUGACCCGCCGGCCUCUCCAACAAACCGCCACGAAACUCCAAAACGUCAUUGUGCCGGAUUAUGGUACAUACUCAUCCGCGGCAAAGGAGGCUUUUGCCGGCGCAGGCGCAUGUAUCUGGACAGUGGGCGUGACACCCUCUCACGCCUUUCGAAUGGAUCCUGAAGAGGUGCGCAAGGUUUGUCAGGAUUAUACCAUGCUCGGCCUUGAAGCAAUGCGCUCGUCCGGACUUGCACGACCGUUUCGAGUAGCGUAUCUCAGCGCGGUGGCAGUUCCGCGGGAUAUCAACAAGACUAUGUGGUUUGCUCCCAAGUUUAGACGAAUACGGGGCACAGCAGAAAACCAAGUUGUAGAAUUUGCAAAGGCCAGCGAUGGUGCGGUUGAAGCGGUAAUAGCUAAGCCCGGGCCUGUCCCUGUCCAGGGUGGUAUGUUCGUUACUGCCCUGGCAGCUGCCUCUCGAGCUUUGGGUACUGGCGUCACUGAAGCCGUAGUUUUGGAUGAUCUGGCUAUUGCUCUGAUUGACCAGGUUGUUCACGGAAUUGAAAAAGACCCGCUGUGGCCAGCAGACUUGAACCGCUUGGCGCAACAAGUUAAGGAUAAGAAGGGUCUUAAGUAAGGAGUUCGAUUGGUAUGGUGGAGUGCAUACCAAAUGUCUAUAAUAUUUUGGCAAGAGCCGCAUGACUAUUUGUACUUUAUCUGAAGCUCUUUGGCAGCCUCAAGUGCUUGCUUUGCCUGCUCUGUAUACUUCUUCUGGUUUGCUUGUUGCAUGCUGAAUGUUUGCUGGAACUUCUCUACCAUGAACGGCUUCAGGACUGUCUUCUUUGCCGUAGUGUAGUCAUAGAUGGCAGUGUCGUCAAUACAUCGUGCUGCCAAGCGGCGGUAUUGUUCUG